UAGUUAUAUGCCGGCCCAAUCAGUGACACAUUUUUGGUCGUUGUUAAUUUUCAAUAGGAGUAGGCUAUUAUUUCUCUUUUUCUAUAUUUAUUAUGAAUAUUUAUUGUUUGAGAUUGGUUUGAUUGUCAGGUUGCCAUAUUUAGUUUAAGUGUGGCUAGAAGCAACGAUCAUGAAAAACAGUAAGAGUUCUAUCUUCAUCACUAUUUUCAAGAUCAUAUUCACCAUCAUCUGCUCUUUUAUUGGCCUAUUGUUUUCAACAUCAUAAUUUGUACAUAACUUUUCAUUUAUUUUUCCUUUCGUGCAUCUAUAUGUUGGCCAAUUGUUGUGAGCAUCUAAUAUUUUUUGUCUAGUAAAAAAAUUUCACGCACGUUAUUUAAAUUAUCAAAAUUAUCAUAUGUAAUGAUCGAAUCAGAGAUAUUUCAUAUUAUUUAUUAUUUGAUGAAUGUAUAACUCAACAAACUUACAUUUUGGUGGUAGUAGACUGUUCAAUAGAUGAUAGAUUUGUCUUUCGAUUGAUAUGUAUAACCCUUGCCCACUAUUGAAAUAAUGAUGCAUCAUGUCACUGAUAUAAUUAAAGUCAAACAAUAUCAUUGUAGAUCCUUAUGAAAAAUAGUAUGCAACUUCGAUUCCUCACACUAACAAAACCCUUAGGAAUUGAGGUGAUCGACCUUGUCACCUAUAGGACUGAACUCUACAAUAGCAUUAUAGAUCAUUAUGCACAUCUAAACCUCACCAUUUUAUCAUAUGUAAUGAUAAAAUGAAGUUAUUUUGUUGUUUGAAAUAAAAGUGACAUGUAAAGUUUCACCACUAACAUAUGUGAACUUUGGCAGUUGCUCCCUCCUCUUUCGGAUUAUAUAGAUUAUAGAAGCAGCAAAUAAAGGCUUCUCAUCAUAUAUAAUAAUGGGAAGAUAUAUAGGUCGGUAACUCUUUGUCUUAAGUGGAUCGUCUAGCUCAUAACAGGCAGCAAAGUAAUCUGAGAACCGGUAGAGGCAUCAACGAGGUUUACAAGAUUGUUGUGGCUUUCCUCUCCUAUGCAUAUAUAUAUAUAUACACACAAAUCCAUGUUGUAGUUAAACCGUCGUUUUCAAAAGUUUGGCAAGGGUGGAAAAGCAAGGAGGUGAAGAAGCUCCACGAGAAGGAGACGAAGAUUUCUGGGUCAAUUUUUUGCCAUUUUCCGAAAUUUUCUUUAAUUUGAUUGGAAAUUUUACUUAUUUUUAAUAAUGAUCUCAUAUAUGGCAGUUGGCACAUAAGGGGAACACACCUAAUUCAUUGAUAAUGCUGCUAUUCCGAUGCAUUGGAAUUCCGGCACAGAAGUAGUUUUGUGCAAGAUACGUAUGUCUAUGCUGUUAUUCUGAUCAAUAACCUAACAUCAUGCCUACGCUUCUAUUAUCUCGCCAAAUUAUUUUUUGAUGAAGAUGAGAAUGCUGUCUGUCCAACUACUAAGAUAUAAUAUUGCAACAACAAAAUUCAUCCAUCUCACAACAUUAUAAAGCUAGGUAGCCCACUUCACUCAGAACACAUCUUAGCUAGCUAAUAGCGAGAGAGAGAGAGAGAGAGAGAGAGAGAGAGAGAGAGAGAGAGAGAGAUGGCCAUGCAGGUUGGUCGCUUGGAUGCUCGAAUGGGCACAUUGCUGAUUUCGUCGCUGGUUCUGACAAUGAUCAACGUAGGCUUCCACGGCAGUGUUAUCAUCACUGCUGAAGCUGCCCUCGAUCCACUGUGCGGUGCCUCCAGCGAGUGGUUUUGUAGUCCGACCGACUUAGAUAUCCCAAACGCGCAGGAUCCAUUAUUACAAAAACUCAGAGUCAUAAGAGAGUGCGAUUUGGCCAACUACAGAUAUGUUCCUCUAGUCGCCUACGUACAUACUUCUUGUGCUCAUGGUCACACCUGCGAUGAUUGCUUAAGGAGAGCGACUCAAAUAAUGCGCGAGAAUUGCCCGGGCAAAAAUGGAGCUCAGUACGGGAACGAAGAGUGUUGUGUUAGAUAUGAGAUGUACAAGUUUUGUUGAGGACCGGAGUAAAUCGUUACCCGCUGGCCAGGGUUUCUGUUAAUCAAUGCUCCUUUUCGAUUGACUUUCUUGGUCGAAGGAAGCUUCACAUUCGCUACAUGGGGCGAUCUUGGAGGGGCACUUUUUUCCUUUGUUUUUUUUUUUGGGUUCUUUCUAUCUGUAUCAUGUCUUUUUCUCCGCGUUUUAGUUAGAGUCGUGUAUUUUGCUCCUUGGAGCUUCUUCAGAGCUCUCCAUGUAGUGGUAUAUCGUGCUCUUUCAUUGUAGCUCGGCUGCAUACAAACUACGGAUUGUAAGGAGAGUCAGCUGUGUACCUGAGUCGUUGCUGUAUCUUUUUGGGCUUCCCUUGGUUAAAAGAAAUAAUAAAACGAAGCCUCCUUAUCGAUAUUAUGUAACAGGCAAAGAGAUACAUCAUAAAUAAAACUACGAGUUAUUAAUACGGAUGAGUUGUUUUAAUAUUUUUAAUUAUACUUAUUUUUAAUGGUGGAUGUUGAAUCGAUAGAAGAGGCCGCGAUAGGUGAUAUUUUCUUUUUUUGAUAAUGGUGACGAUUGUAUUAGGAGGAAAGAAAUAAAAGGGAAGGGAUCAAGAGCAUUAAUCCCAAAAACCCAAAGUCCAAACAUGAAGCAAAUGUAGCAAGAAAACAAAGAAACAUGACGGAAACCCAAAUCGCAGGGCAGGAAAACAGAAAAGCACAGGAGCACUAGAUGGAGCAGACCACCCCUGAGCUCAAAACAACGAGAAGGAACAAACAACUCAAAUUACAAGAUCCCAACGUAGUUCCACCACGCACAGGGAAACAAUCUCAGCAGGCCGACCCUCCGGGUAAGGGAAACCAAACAGCACCCACCAAGGAAGAAGCAAAGACCUCCUAGACACAGUCACAACACCUCCAAAGGCAAGCCUUGGCGCAGAGGUCUCAACCAUUAACUCCACUAGCAUCAAUUUUUCCAUUGACAGCCAGCCACUCGAAGACUGUUCUGGAAAUUCUUGUUGAGAUCACGUUCGUAGGCAGACACAGGUCUUGGAAAGUUCUUCGAUUUCGUUCUAACCAUAUUUGCCACCAAGUAGCAUGGAGGGUGCAGUAGCAAACCCAACCAUUCGCGUCGUCCGGGAUAUCGCAAUUCCAUCUAUGAAUAGUGCCGAGGAUGUCGCUAUUGGGAGGAGUGAUGCCACUGCAAGAUUUGGCAUUCUCAAAUCAAACCUUCUUGGCAAAGUCGCAAUCCACGAACAAGUGGUCUACCGUCUCUUCAAACCUGCCGCACAAAACACAUCUAUUUGUAAUAGACCACCCCUUCCUCUGCAGGUUAUCCAAAGUCAGCAAUUUCUUGUGAGCCACCAGCCAGAUAAAGCUGCAAAUCUUGG